UCAGGCUUGCAUCGCCAGCUCUUAUAUGUCACUUCAUUUUAUUUUGUGGGCUAUUACUUUAUUAAACGCCAAGACUUUAAAUAUGCUGAAAGGGACCGUGAUAUGCAUCUGUAUAUGAAACUGCAUCCAGAAGAUUAUAAAGACAAAGAAAGGAAAACUUAUGCUGAAAUUGUUGAAGAGUUUUAUCCAAUUCGCUGAAACUUCUCACACUAUCUGCUUUAUUUCUUCACCAAGAGCUGUCAUUGAUGAACUCAUUGGGAUGUAUUUCUACAUAUUCAUAUGUAAUGAAAAAUUUAUGGUCUUAUAAUUAAAUGAGUAACAUGAAUACAAAGACUCUUUAAGUCA